AUGGCCUCACUCCCGGUCCUGGUCACAGCUUUGUUGGCCACUUACACGAGCGCGACUCCAGUGCUCUCAGCAAACCUCGACGUUGGCAAUGUGCACGUCGGUGUAGAUCUUAAUGGUGUCUCGUCAACCUUGAAGUACCUCUUCUCUCCAGCUGCACAGGCCGCCCCCAAUGUCACCACUUCGCGAUGCAAAGUCUAUCCUGGCGACGAAGCAUGGCCUUCGGAUGAGGCUUGGGCUCAGUUGAAUGACCUCAGCGACGGACGUUUGAUCGCAGAUGCGACCCCUCGAGCGGCAGUAUGCUAUCCCGACCAGCCCAGUUACAAUGCGACCCAAUGCGCUGCGUACACUGUAACGGAAUGGCAAAAGUCAUACACGCAUAUACAUGACCCGAUUGAAAUGUACUCUCCAGUCGCUCAAGGAUUGACAUGCUCGAUCCCAAAUCUGUUCGAUUCGCGUGGCUGCACACGCGGCGGAUUUCCCAAGUACGUGAUGAACGCCACCGAGCCAAAGCACGUCCAGCUUGCUGUGAACUUUGCGCGGAAUACUGGUGUCCGACUCGUCGUCAAGAACACGGGGCAUGAUUUUCUUGGAAAGAGUGGCGGCAAAGAUUCUUUAAGCAUCUGGACGCACUGGAUGAAAGACAUUGAGUACAUCGAGAAGUAUGAAGACAGCAACAUGGGCUACUCAGGACCGGCUUUCAAGGCUGGUACUGGUGUGCAAGCUUUCGAGAUAUACAAGGCCGCAGCCGAGAAGAAAAGAAUUGUUGUUGGUGGUGAGGGCGAGACUGUCGGAGUCAUGGGUGGGUAUAUUCUAGGAGGCGGACAUUCCCCAUUGACUCCUAUCUACGGAACUGGUGCAGACAACGUCCUGUCUUUCGAAGUGGUCACCGCUGACGGCGAGUUCGUGGUCGCAAACUCAACUUCCAACACUGACCUCUUCUGGGCCUUGCGCGGUGGAGGCGGCAGCACCUUCGGUGUCACAACAUCGGUUACUGUCAAGGCUCAUCCUGAUCUCGAGGUUACUGCCGCUCGCUUUGGCUUCUCAUCUGCGCAAACCGGAGUCGAAAACUUCUGGGCUGCCAUUCGCAGCUACGUCGAUUCAUGGAUCGCGAACGCUGAUGCGCAAACGUACACCUAUUGGACAUUAAUUCCUUCCAACGGAACCUUCGCCUUCGCGUUCUCGCCAUUCUUCGCCCCCAAUAAGUCACUCGAAGAUGCAACUGCUCUUCUUCAACCUUGGUUCAACAAGCUGAAUGAGCUUGGUGUCAAGUUCGACCCUAACAUUACGCACUUCGACAACUACUAUGAUGCAUGGCGCUCAUCGUUCCCACUCGAAGCCGUACAAAAGCCCAAUGUUGCAACAGCCUCUCGACUAUUCCCUCGCGCAAACUUUGAAACGGAGGAAAAGCGUCAAGAAAUCUUCGACCACAUCAAGAGGUCCACCGAGAAGAACCGAGUCCAGGUCCACUUCAACAUGCAGGCCAAAGACCCUGCCAACAACGACAACGCGGUCAACAGCCAUUGGCGACCGCUAGUCUCCUUCUCUAUGCAAUCCGUCCGCUGGCCCAUCAACAGCACAAGUGAGGAGAUCCUGAAGAUCCGAAAUGACUUCCAGGACGUCGAUGCACAGUCUUGGCGUGACAUCAGCCCUGGCGCCGGAGGUUACCUCGCUGAGGCAGAUCGUCUGGAACCGGACUUCGGAUUCGCAUUCUGGGGCGACAAGUACCCGAAGCUGCUCGAGCUGAAGAAGAAGCUUGACCCCUACGAUUUGUUCUUCGCAACAACAGGUGUGGGCAGUGAGAGGUGGAAGGUAGAGAGUGUAGAUGGUUUGCCGAAUGAGAACGGCAAAUUAUGCCGCGUUGAGUAG